GUCACUUUUACACUGGUAUUUUAUACUAUAGUGUAUCUAGGCAACAAAAAUCGUAAAAUCUGGCUGCAUUAGAUACAAGACUCAUAGUAAAAUAUCAGGGACCAGAUACAAAUAUUGGUCAAACAUAUACAGAAAAUAUUUUCGACUAUUAUUCCAUAUAUCACAGAAGUUUCACUUGAAGUUUUUGAUUAACACAAAUCAAAAUGCCUGAUCUUAUUGAAAAAUCAUCUCCAGUAUGUACCGCUGAAUUGGGGAGAUUUACAAAACAACGCAAUGCACCAAAUGUUGGGCUGUACACUCAAAUUCGAGGCAUCAGUGUUGUUCACGGAAAUUUGCACGAUCUCUCCCCUAAGGUACGCACUUUUAUAGAAGACAAUGUAGAUUUGUGCCAACCAGAAAAAAUUCACGUCUGCGAUGGAAGCGCCACUGAAAGUUCGCAUCUGCUCAAACUAUUGCAACAGCAAGGGACCAUCACCCCAUUACCAAAAUAUGAGAACUGCUGGCUGGCCCGUACCAACCCCGCAGACACAGCCCGCGUCGAAUCAAAAACGUUUAUUUGUACCGAACACAGAGCUGAUACAAUUCCCACAACAAAGGAAGGAAUUAAAGGUACCUUAGGCAAUUGGUUAUCGCCCAGAGACAUGGAAGUAGCCGUUAAGGAUCGAUUUACCGGUUGUAUGAAAGGCCGUACCAUGUACGUAAUCCCAUUCUCGAUGGGUCCAGUUGGGUCACCCCUUUCAAAAAUUGGGCUUCAAGUAACGGAUUCGGCUUACGUAGUUGCCUCAAUGAACAUAAUGACACGUAUGGGAAAACCAGUAUUAGAUCUUCUGAUGGAUAAUAGAAACUUUGUAAAAUGUUUACACUCCGUUGGUACUCCAUCCAAUGGCAUCAUUGAUAUGCCUCAUUGGCCUUGUGAUCCACAACGCACAAUAAUUCUACACAGACCAGCAACGAACGACAUAGUCUCCUACGGUAGCGGAUACGGUGGCAACUCCUUACUGGGAAAGAAAUGUUUCGCUUUACGAAUUGGUUCCACAAUCGCCAGAACAGAAGGAUGGCUUGCCGAACAUAUGCUGAUUUUAGGCAUCACGAACCCUGCCGGUAAGAAACGUUACAUCGCCGCAGCUUUUCCUUCGGCUUGCGGCAAGACAAAUCUUGCUAUGAUGACACCUUCUCUACCCGGUUACAAAAUUGAAUGUGUCGGUGACGAUAUCGCAUGGAUGCGCUUCGACAGCAACGGACAACUCAGAGCAAUUAACCCAGAGAACGGAUUCUUUGGUGUUGCACCGGGAACUUCCAAUUCGAGUAAUCCAAACGCCAUGAAGACAAUCUUCAAGGAUACAAUUUUCACAAACGUCGCCGCCACAAGCGACGGAGGAGUAUAUUGGGAAGGUCUCGAAAACGAAAUCGACGACUCAGUUUCAAUAACCGAUUGGUUGGGCAAUCCGUGGAUAAAGGGAGAAACGAAAACUCCAGCGGCUCAUCCGAACUCACGAUUCUGCACACCUGCAACCGGAUGUCCCAUAAUGGACCCCAACUGGGAGGCGAGCGAAGGCGUCCCAAUUUCAGCAAUACUGUUCGGAGGUAGACGGCCACAGGGUGUUCCAUUAGUAUACGAAGCCAAAAACUGGGAACAUGGAGUCUUUAUUGGUGCAGCCAUGCGCAGUGAGGCGACAGCUGCAGCAGAACACAAAGGAAAAGUCAUCAUGCACGAUCCUUUCGCAAUGAGACCGUUCUUUGGAUACAACUUCGGCAAAUACCUAGAACACUGGCUCAGCAUGGAAGCGAAAUCCAGCAAACUACCAAAGAUCUUCCACGUAAACUGGUUUAGGAAAGGAAACAAUGGAAAAUUCUUGUGGCCCGGUUUUGGAGAAAACUCGCGAGUACUCGACUGGAUUUUAAGAAGAGUUGAUGAAGAAGACUGUGCAAAAGACACCCCCAUUGGAUUCAUACCAACGGAAAACGCCUUAAAUAUGACUAACCUAAAUGAGAAAGUUGACUUUGAACAACUAUUCAGUUUACCUAGGGAAUUCUGGAUGGAAGAGGUGGAAGCGAUAGAAAAAUAUUUUAAGGAACAAGUAGGAAUGGACUUACCUCCAGUUAUUGAAACACAACUUCAACAACUUAAACAUCGUGUCAAUUCUCUCUAAUUGUGUAUAUUAUUAUAGUUUUAUUAUGUAUCUUAUGUUUAACUUAUUGACUAAAUAAAUAUAUUUAUAAUACUUUUUAA